AUGGCCAGUGAGGACGAUUUUCGGUACCUUACAACCUAUGCCGACCUCUCCUCCACCGGCGUGUCCAACCAGUUCACCGAGUACGCGCCUGACCUGGGAGAGGUGCUGCUGCUGGACAAUACCAUCGAGAGCGUCUGUGCUACUGGAUUUUGGACACUCUAUGAUGCCAUAAACUACGGAGCGAACGACACUGGAGAUGUUUGUCACUUUCGUGCCAUCAAAACUUGUGACGAUUUGAGCUCAUCUUGCAGGAAUGUGAUUUCAUCGCUGAGAUAUAGCGGAAGUCCGUACGGCAUCAACAAUGACUAUUACAAUCUGUAUGAAGGAAUAAAUCAACGCGGCAUGGAAUUCGGCGGCGAAACAGACGCUCCUCACUUAGGAGACCUGGACCUGGAAGUCUCAUCCCUGGUAGUCAGCGGGCAGUCAGCAUGGACGUUCUACACAGGCCAGGGCUACACUGGAGCCUCUGUGUGCGUGUACACAGAUACACAUCUCUCUUCCAGUGGUAUUCAUCUCGACUACAUUCAGAUCAACGAGUUAACAGAGCUCAGCCUGCCCGACAACUCCAUCAGGUCUGUGAAGCGCGGCUGCCUCGCUGACCGCGUGGUGGGAGCGCCGCCCCCGUGGCCUUGAACAAAAUGCAACAG